AUGGAGCUCUUCCUCGCCUUUCUCGAACCGCACCGCCUACGAUACGUGACCAGUGACAACAGCCUCGUACAUGAUGACUACGUGGAGGUGCGGUAUGAAUUCACCACCACGGAGGGUUCGCAUCGCUUCCAGGGCGACCUCCGCGCUCAGGAUCUCGUAGACCAUUUCGACAUCGAUGUUAUCUGGUCAGACCGCGAUAAUCGCACCGACUCCUUUGGCAGCGUCCGCGGUAUCGGCGCCAUCCAGCGCAUGAAGCUGUGGCGAGAUCGCUAUAGCGCUUGUCACAACUUCACAAUGUACGCCAACCGCACAGACCGCCGAUACCACGAUUACUUUGUGUCUGCCUUUGACUCCGAGAUCAAAAUCCGCGAUGAUUCCCACCGCCGCCUGCGCCUUAACGUGCGUGGCCGCCGAGGCAGUGCUCGUGAUAGCGGCAGCAGUAACAACAAGGGUGACGGUCAUUCCAGCCGUCGCUUCUCCAUGUCCUCCUUGCGGCAUCGCCCACGAGCGUCCACGUCCGGUCGCCACCACUCGUUACACGCCUCCAGCUCACGGAGCUCACGGAGCUCGCAAUCGCAUUCAGAACAAACCUCUGCCGUUUCACCAUCCUCAUCUGCCUCUUUCUUCUCACCCGGUGACACUCUCGCCAUUCGGUAUCUCGGCAUUCAGUUCAGCCGGAACGAGGAAGCGACUCUCGCCACAAUGAAAGUGGUGCUUUCCGUCAACGCGGGCUCGUCGUCCGUCAAGAUCUCUGUGUAUGUGGUUGAGGCCCCUGGAGGCACGCCGCAUGAGCUGGCCGAGGCCCAGAUCAGCGGACUGACUGCACCGCCGCCGCGGAUUGACUACCGACGUGGCGACAAGGUCGUGCACAAGAAUGCGCUUGCCGCCGACGUGGACAGCAGCACGAAGAUCAGCAGCCAGGCAGACGCCUUCAAGCUGCUGCUGAACCUCUUCGUCAACGACAAUGCACUCGCCGAGAUUGGUCACCGUGGCAGCAUCGCCCUCGUCACCCACCGCAUUGUCCACGGCGGCGACUUCUCGGAGCCGCAGAUCGUCGGCAAGGGGACGUAUGCCGCGCUGGAGAAGCUCAAUGACCUCGCACCUCUGCACAAUGCCAAGUCGCUUGAGAUCAUAAACGCCUGUCUUGACGAGCUGCCGCAUGCCAUCAACAUGGCCUGCUUCGACUCGCAGUUCCACUCCACCAUUCCCCUUCACAUUCGCACAUACCCCAUCGACCAGACCAUUGCCAAGAAGAACAUGCUUCGCAAGUAUGGCUUCCACGGGCUCAGCUAUUCGUUCAUCACGCGUGCUGUCGCCACCUUCCUCGGCAAGCCGGCCGGCGAGACCAAUCUGAUUGCCCUGCACCUGGGCAGUGGAGCUUCCGCAUGUGCCGUCCAAGGAGGCCGCAGCUGGGACACGAGCAUGGGCCUCACGCCGUUGGCCGGCCUUCCGGGCGCCACGCGCAGUGGCAGUGUCGAUCCAAGCCUCGUGUUUCACUAUGCCUCAGAUGUAGGAAGACUCGCACCAGCGUCAACGAGCCAUCUGCAUAUCACACAGGCAGAGGAGAUCCUCAACAAGGAGUCCGGAUGGAAGGCUCUCACGGGCACCACCAAUUUUGCCGAGAUUGCCGCAUCUGAUGAGCCCUCUCACAGCCUGGCUUUCAAUCUCUUCGUUGACCGCGUUUGUGGGUUUGUCGGUUCCUACUAUGUCACGCUCGGUGGCAAGGUUGAUGCCUUGGUGUUUGCGGGUGGCAUCGGUGAACGCAGCGACCGCCUGCGCGCUGCUGUGGUGAGCCAGUGCAGCUGCCUCGGCUUUUCCGUGGACCCAACAGCGAAUGUACAACGCGUGACAGGAUCUGUCACCGAUAUCACCAGUAAGGAUGCGGCGCACCGAGUGCUCGUGUGUCAGACAGACGAGCAGCUGGAGAUGGCGCGCAGUGGUGCAGAGAGUAAGGCUCUUUGGCAGUAA